UUUCCAGUUGUGAAGAAAUAUGCAAAAAGCAAAAAUGGAGAAACAACCACAAACCCUAAAACGCCAAGUAUGGGAUUGUGAAAGCUCUCUUUACGACUCUUUCGAACUCAAAUCCUUCGAACGACGUCUCGAUUCUGCCAUCUCCUCCAGAACCAUGUCAAUGCCCCAUCUCUCCUCCUCCAUCCGCCAUCAACCACCACCGUCCCACCACAAACCCACCUCCAAGAAACCUUUCAGACUCACCCGCUCCCUCCACAAGCUUCUCCGAUCAGUUUUCCGGCUUAGACCAAACCACCAUAGCUCAUCAAGAGAUGAAGCCUUCUACGUUUAUGACACAUCCACUGCUCUUUCCACCAUACCGGAGCUGCCGGAGAUGGUGCCGGAAUUUGAUGGGCUUUCACCGGACAUGAAGUCUCUGGUGACGAGAACGGGAUCUGAUCGAUUUAUGCCAACUUCUCUCGGUAUAUCAUGUGCUUGACAUUUACAAAGACUUCAUUUACCAUAUAUAUACAUGACAGUCAUUAAUCAUAGAAUUAUAUUUGAUGAGUAUAUAUAGGAUAUAUCUCGUAUUAUACUUUAAUUGUAUGUUUAAUUUUAACAAGUAUGUAAUUAACCAAAUUCUUGAUUAAUAUUAUAGGAGUUGAUCAAG